UCUGAUUCUGAUUUUCUGCAAGGCUAAUUCCUGCAUACAGGCCCCUGCUGAUCAGAGCUAAACCUACAGUGAAGCAGUUGAGGGUGUAGACUGAAGGAUGAUGCACUUCAGGACUGUUUUGAGUGCUCUGACUGGGAGUUUAAGAGCAUUGUCAUGAAAAAAAGUUCAAAUUCUAGAUCUAGGAUCUGUGUUACGAUAUAAGCAUUUAUGGAGCUCCGGAAGGACUAGGGGGCCCUAAGCAGCUGCUUAGUCCACUUAUGCAUCAGCUCAGAUCUAAAUGGGAUCAGCAUUACAUAACUUAAUUUAAGACAAAGACAAUAGCUGAAUACCUAGGAUUUAACUAAACUGCAAAACAAAUAUGUAAUUUUUGUUAUUAUGUUUUAGUAUUUGAUCCAUCAAAACAUUUUUAUUCCCCCCUCACACUUAUAAGUCUCUGGAGCCGCCACUGGCUGUAGCCCCACCGUCCAGUCUCUAUAAUGGCUGCCAUCUCACACACAUCCUGAGAUUUGACGUCCCCACCACACCCAUGCCCAUCCCCCCUCAGCGCUCCCUCCAGGGUUUGCCAAAAUGAUCAAACCCAGCAGAUUUAACUGGUGUGAAACUCACAAAAUCUCCAUUACAAAAAAUACCUUUCACUCCAGACGCAUUACUAUGGGAGAUUACCAUUUUUUUCUUUUAUUUCAGUUUUAUUAAGUAAUUGAUAUGCGGUAAAGUUGUGAAGGCAGAGUUAAGGUGUUAUUAGUUGUGUACACAGGGCUGAGCCGUCAGCCUCAGCAAGCUGCUUUUUGCACCCAACCGGGAACUCCAGUGUGAGCCGGAGACAAAAUCAAGCGCUCCUUUAUGACUGCUACACACCUGCAACUACGGAGGGAAAUUAGACCUUCAUGCUACCACUUGAGGAAGGAGAACCAACAUAGCUGUACAGAAAAUGGACCAAAAGCCUCACUCUCGUCGUCUCGUGAUAGUCAGAGCACAACCUGAUAGAUGUGAGGCUCGUUAUAAGGCGGCCUGUGUAAAGACAGCAAUUGAAGAAAAGGAGUGGACGUCUGCUCUGCAUCAAAAAGGUUUAAUGCAAUCACAACAGUCAUCCAGUGAGAGUGACGAUUCCAUCAUCCUUGGUCCAACGCCAGCUGCAGUAAUCCAGGACAUGAGCUUGCCAGAGCUCACAAGAACCAACAGUGUGAUUGUAAGUUUAUCUACAAGCGUCAUUGACACUAAAAAGGAGGGUGACUCAACUGAGAGGGAUGCUGCAACUUCAUCUUCUAGAUCAUCAGGUCAGUUUGGGGUGAGAAGGAGAUGCACAACUAAAGUUGAAAAGAACAAAGAUCUGCCUUCAGCCAAAGAAAGAUCAGAUGACGAGGUACCAGUGGCCAUUGAAGUCUCUGGAAAUUCUAACACAACUAAAGAGCGAUCACAAACAAAGAGACAGAAGUGGAGCCAAGAAGAAGUCCAGGCAGUGGAGAAAACGCUCAUGGACUGUAUCAACUUUGGAACUGUUCCUCGGAAAGCCGAGUGUAUGAAGUGCAUUGAAGCCUCACCAGUGGCCCUCAAAAACAGGACAUGGCAAGCAGUUAAAUUCUAUGUGAAAAACCGCAUAGACGCAUUAAAACGAAAAACUUUCAAAAGAAGGUAAGCGUUGACCUUUUAUUACUACCCUUUUAUUAAACGGGCCAUUUGUUAGUGCCACAUCCAAGCUGCUUCUGUUUGGAGUUUUGAAUUUUUAGGACAGUUGCAGUCAAGGUCAAGUCAACUAAAACUGCAUGUUCAUAUAUACGUAUUGAUGAAUAGGUAUUGUUUUAGUUUUUCAUUUAUUUGUACAUAUUGGCUUGUAUGUAUUCUUUGCCAUAAGAUAGAAAUUUUGAAAUCUAUUCAAUAAAAUGGCUUACAUACAACCAGAAAGAGGAGUCCAGUAUUAAUGGUUAGCAAUAACAAGGUUACCAGGUACUUAAUUAAAUUAGAAUUUAUAAAUAUUUUAUUAACCCAAAAGAAAAAUUGAAGGUUGUGGCUCCUAUUCUGCAGGUUUCUUCAAAGAACUAUUGUAGAUUCUGAUGCCUGUAGACAGGAAGGAUCUUCUGUAGCGAUCUUUAUUAAAGGAAAUCUAAUGAAACCUGAUACUCUGGUGUUGUAUAACAGUCUGAUGAAGAGGAUGUUUGGAUCCAGGAUUUUUUAUUUUUAUGCAAAACCAUUCUUUGCACAAUUAUUUCCAGAGGUUCUAGAGGAGCACCUGCCUUCUUAAUCAGCUUGCUGAACUUCUUUAGGUUGAUUGCUCUGAUGCUGCCACACCAAAAGAUGUAAAAAAGAUCACAAAAACAUAUUUUUUUAUAAAAAAAUUCUAAUAUAAUGUGGUUUAUUGAUUUAAAAGAACACUGAUUGCUCAUAUUUGAUAUCUUCGAAUGUAUCUUGGUUUUCCCUAAAACUAAAACCCAACAGUGCCACCUGGUGGUUGUCAGAAAUGGCCAAGUCCCCAUGUUGAUCCAAAAACCUGACAGAUUUAAAAUUUUCUAAUUUUGAUAAAUUUUUACAUUAAAGUUGAUAUUUCAUGUUCCAAGGUCCCUAAAAAAAUUAUAAACCUAAAACCAAGUCUUUAGGUUGUUUAGAAAGAUGGGUCCCCACGUGUAAGCCCCUAUUCUGUGCUUAAAAAAGGUCCUCACGUUGGAGGAAAAACGUGUAUGUGUGUGUGUGUGUGUG